AUGUUCGAGAGGACAUUGGACUCCUUGAUCAAGGGACUCAGGUCACACAGGGGUCAAGAUGAGCCGGCUUUCGUUGCUACCUUGCUGGAGGAGAUCCGGCAUGAGCAGCGAUCGGGGGACAUGGAGGUCAAGGCAGGUGCAGUCCUGAAGCUAACCUAUCUUCGGAUGCUUGGCUAUCCAUCGUCACAUGCUUCCUUCCCAAUUCUGGAAGUCAUGGCGAGCUCGCAAUAUCAUCUUAAGCAAGUUGGCUAUCUCGCAGCCACUCAAUCCUUCAAUCAAGAUACCGACGUUCUCAUCUUAGCAACAAAUCUGAUCCAGAAGGAUUUGCACUCAGCCAAUCCUUUAGAGGUAGCUGUCGCUCUGAAUGGCCUGUCCCACAUUGUGACUCCAGACCUAGCGCAACACCUCACAGGAGAUAUUGUGGGGAUGAUGAACCACAGCCGGCCCGCCAUACGAAAGAAAGCCAUUCUCUGCAUCUAUACCCUCAUCCAGCACUACCCUCCAGCAUUGGAUCAGAGUUGGCACAGGCUCAGAGAGAAGCUCGAGGACUCGGAUCCUGGGGUCGUAUCGGCAACAGUCAACAUUAUCUGCGAGCUAGCCCGCAAGAAUCCUGUUCCUUUCCUCGCCCUUUCUCCACAGCUCUUCCAGUUACUGACAUCCUCAUCAAACAAUUGGGUCCUGAUCAAAAUUGUCAAGCUCUUUGGAGCCCUGACUCCUCAUGAGCCGAGGCUAGUCAGGAAGCUGCUGCCUCCAAUCAAAACGCUCAUCUCAACGACACCGGCGAUGUCGCUCCUGUACGAGUGUAUCCACUCUGUCAUCAGCGGAGAGAUGCUGAAUGGACCUGGUGGAGAUGAGCUGGCUGAAGCUUGCGUAGAGAAACUGGCUGCCUUCCUAGACGACGAGGAUCGCAAUCUGCGGUAUAUCGCUCUGCUGGCCUUGGUCAGAAUUCUCCCGACUCAUCCUCAUCUUGUCGCUCGCUACCAGCAUCUCGUCUUGCCUUCCAUCAAUGACCCGGACCUCUCGAUCAGGCUGCGAGCAUUAGAUCUGGCAGCGGGAAUGGCCUCGCGCCGCAACCUGCAAGAGAUCGUACAGCAGCUUGUAGCACAUCUCGAGCCAGAUCAGGCUGCAAAGGAGGUCAAAUCUGCCACCGCUUCCUUGCGCUCAGCGUUGGCUGGAAUAUCGAGAGGGGCAGCAGAGAAGAGCUCUCUGUCCUCAAAGGCUACCUCGCUGCCUAGCUAUCGCCUGGAAGUCGCCCGGAGAAUCCUUUCUAUUGGAGCAUCGGAUACGUAUGCCAAUAUCGCAGACUUCGAAUGGUACCUCUCCACUCUGAUUCGGUUGGCUUACAUACCGGCUAUACCCGUCGGCAGGGAGGUUCGCGAUCAAAUCAUGGAGGUGACAUCGCGAAUCAAGGCAGUCAGGCAUUUCGCUGUGAAGGAGAUGGUCCGCCUUCUAGAGGACGAGUCGUAUAUCGUCGGUAGCGAUAAGGACGGCAAGGAGCUUCUCCAUGCCGCUGCUUGGGUAUGCGGAGAGUACGCCGAAAGCGUCGACAAUCCUCGCACGGUCAUUCCCCUGUUAUUAAGGUCUUCAUUGAUAGACUGCCAUGCGUCUACCUUGGCGGCUAGUCUCCACAAUGGCGUCAAGCUUCUCGCUCACUGGGCUGCUUCGCUGUCGGAAGAAUGGGAUAGCAGUCGUCUAGAUGAGGUCAAGAACAUGACUGCCCUGGUCGCAGAGGGACUGCCUGCUUUCUUCAAGUCUUCCGACCCUGAGGUGGCAGAACGGGCUAGCGAAUUCCUGCAGCUCUUGCAGUUCAUCGAGAAGGAUCUCGACAGUCAUAGGUCGGCCGCGGGAACUUCCACUCCGGCUGCAUCCAAGCCUGCUGUGACGCUGCCCGCAGACAACACGAUGGACUCGUGGGGUGCAUCUUCUUCCAGCUCGCCUCUAGGUCCUGCAGCCAAAGGACCCAAAUCUCUUCAUCUCCUCGCUCCGCUCUUCCAACCUCAUCCGAUAGGACCUGUGGCAGAAAAAGCACAGAGCAGGGUCCCUUUUCCUUCAGAUCUGAAUCUACGAGCUCCAUUUUACUCUGAGCCAUGGGUGAUCGAGGGAAAGAAGAAGGCGCCCGCGGUUAAGGAGAAGAUUGAAGACAGCGCAAAAGCUCCUUCCUCUACUACGACGGCGGCCAGCAAAGGAAGGAGCUCACAGGCUCGCAACAGCGAAGAAGAGAAAGCAGCGAGUGCAAAACGCAAAGCGGAGCGAGCUGAUCGCCUCAAGACGGAUCCCUUCUACAUCUCCGAGCCUACUCCCUCUUCCUCCUCAAAGUCGAAGUCGAAGUCGAAGGACAAGAGCGGCAAGAAGGUCAAGAAGAGCAAAGGCAAGGAAGCCGGCCUCGACCUCCUCACCAGCCCACGCUCACAGCUAGAGGAGGAGGACGACAUUGACGAUGUGCCCAUCGUGCAGCUCUCCUUGGACGAUCUUGGGCUUGAUUCAAGGGAGGUCGAGGGCGGAGAGGCGGACGCUUUGAGGCAGGAAGUGGAAGAGAUGCCAGAGGAGACGCAGACUGGGGGUGUGGAGCGGGCGAUCUCGAGCUCGAGGCGGAGCGCUGGAGAAGAAGGACAAGAAGACUCCUCGCUGGCUGGAGAUGGACCGUCACCUAUGGUCGUGACGACGAAGAAGAAAAAGGGCAAAAAGAAGUCGCGGGCAAUUGUGGAGUGA